GUCAAAGGUACAGGAAUGGCUGGGCCUAUGUCUCGGAAAAUUAUUUUACGAGCUCUUGUGUGGUCGUUAUUUGUAUCAGGUGCGUUGUCUGCCUGUCCGUCGGGAUGGUCUCAGUAUAGUAAUUACUGCUAUAAGCCAUUCACAUCUACUAAAACCUGGAAUUCAGCGAGUGCAGCGUGUACGAGCUUCGGAAGCAGAGUGAACCUUGUGUCAAUUCAUUCAUCGGGAGAGAACAACUUUGUGCGUGGAAUUUGCUCAGGAGGAUGGAUCGGUCUCAGGAACCACGGAGGAUAUUAUUCGCCAUACAGUUACACUGAUGGAACGCCAUAUGAUUAUGCAAACUAUGCGAGUGGCCAGCCCGACGACAACGAUGGCACUGAAGAUUGUAUAGGAAUGUGGCCUGCAUAUGGUGACUUAUGGAAUGACUUUAAUUGUGGUGUCUCUAAGUACUAUGUAUGCAAAGUUGAAGCGUGUAAUAAUAUACCUAACUGUGACGUAAUCACAUGUAUUAUUACGUCAAAUGUGGCAACUUGUCAGAGAUGUAAUGGAAAUUACGGACCCGCACUUGGCCAGGCGUACCUCAAUAAAGGAACAUUUUGCGAAGAGAACUGUUCAUGGCGAUCAACCAGCACGAUUUGUUACCCAGGGAACUGCCCAGAUGGUGAAGACAGCUGUAUAUGUGAAACAGGUUUCACUGGAUAUGACUGUACAACAUUGGUGUCGAGUGAGGCGCCAAGUUACAACUUCUGUCUUACUAAACUCCAUCAUGGAUCUGGGGGUACAGUCGAACUAAAUUGUAUUAAUGAAGGCCAAGUAUCUUACACCAAUCAGCCGGGUUUAACACUUCUUGAAAAUGAUUGGAGGAGUAGCUACACACAACCAACGGUGACGUUUCCACCAUAUAUUACCAACUUUAAACUUGGAAUGGUAAGAGGAACCACCAUAGCAACGAUAUAUAACAAUGCUGGUACAGCGUCAAGAGAAGUUGCAAGGAUUGCUUGCACUGACAGCGCCACCAGAGACUCUCCAAAUCAAGCUUUGUAUCAAUGUGCCGAUUCAAGUCCAAUCAACUUAUCAGGAUGGACUGUAGCACACAGAGAUAGAAUUGACGUGCAAAUUGAGAUUGAAAAUGGUGGUUACGUUACGGUAAAUAAUCCAGACACUUCUUCACAAUUCAAAAAGUACUACACUGGGAUUACAUUGAGGAGAACGGGAAGUUUUACCUUUGAUUUGAUGGACCCUUUGCAUUGCUUACCUACCGGAGGAUGCUCAAUCCCUAUUUUUACCUGUGGUAAUGACGUUACAAAACGAGUAAGUAGGGCCUACCUUCUGAAUGCUAUUAGGAUUGGUUAG